AUGGCCAAUUUCCUUCUCGGAGGAGAAUGUAGCAACAAAAGAAAACGUGAUUAUGGAGUAGCUACUGACUAUACAAGUUUACACAUGAUGGAAUAUCUGUGCAAUCCACACUUGUCAUUUCUCCUCCUAGUAUCUAUAUUAACUUCUGGACAGGUUUUAAGUGAUUCAGCUUUCAAGGAUCGAUUUGAGUAUAGUGAAAUCUUGUCACGUGUGACUGCUGCUCAUCUUAUGCACGAAAAUGUGAUCAAAGAACAAAUGAUGAAGACAAAAGACUGGGAUCAGUUGUUGGGCACAAGACAGGGCACUUUUCUGACUGAAGUGGAUGCCGUUCUUGCCUGGGCCAAGAGUAAUGAUACAGUGUCAGAGGAUUGCACUAAUGCACUCAGACUUUUAAUCAAUGCUGUGGGUUCUCAGGAAGUCUGGGCUAUGGAAUUUCUGGAUGCGAUGGGUAAACCGCCAAGUGGAAUACUACAGUUUGAUUUGGUAUGGCCUGGUCAGUAUGACCAAUGUGUCAACAUCUCUGCAAAGGUGAACGACACUAACCACAACAACACGAUGGUAAAUGUCCAGGGAAAGUAUUAUCGUCUUGAAAUCAGACUGCCUCUGAACCUGCCACCGAGCAUGUUUGUACAGACGCCGCUAUUAGCUGUUUAUUUGAAAGACUUCACUUAUGGAGUGUGUAUGCCUUCCCAGUGUAGCAUGAGUGAUGUCAUUGGGGUUUCUGCUGCAGCUAAUGCUGCAAUGAGUCCAGUUCUACCAGGAAUAUUAAAGAAUGCAACUAUCCAAGGCAUAGAUGACCCACACCCUGCUGUGUUUGAAGCUCGCCCUGAGACAACAGCUGCACUUGUCAUCAGUUGUCUCCUGGCAUUUUUCCUGGUGAUGGGGACUCUGUACGACCUCCUGAUUCAUCAGCCUUCCCUAUCAGAAGAGGCUGACGUAUCUAACGUCACUGAACAAACACCCCAUGUCAACACUAACCCACAGGAUCUUAAUGCCACCCUAAUCAGUUACUCGGAUAGCACAGAGAGUGAACUCCUUAGUUAUGGUAAACAGAUCAGCACAGUAACCAUCCGACACAAGAUCAGAAGUUAUGCAACCUUGGAGAAAUUUCUAAUGGGAUUUUCCAUGUAUACCAAUGGUUACAAGAUACUGAGUACAGAGACAACUCCGAGUCAGAUCAAGGCAGUCAGUGGAAUCCGUGUACUCAGUCUUGGCUGGGUCAUUCUUGGCCACACCUACUAUUUCACUGCAAGUCUGUCCAAAAAUCUGGUGGUUGCAGCAGAAUGGGCUCCACGCUGGACAUUCCAGGCCGUGCUUAGUGCUUUAUUUUCUGUUGACUCAUUCUUCCUGCUCAGUGGUAUGUUGGGCUCCUUCUUGACUCUAAAAGAAAUGCAGAAGAGAAAUGGCAAGAUAAACUGGCUGGUGUACUACUUCCAUCGCUUUUGGAGACUGACCCCUGCCUACAUGCUGGUACUGUUGACAUACAUAGGCCUGUUCCACUACUGGGGGGAUGGACCGUUCUGGCCUCAAUACGCCCCAGGUUACGAUGUCUGUAUCAAACACUGGUGGAGAAAUCUACUCUACGUACAGAAUUUUUUUCCUGUCACAGAGCAGUGUAUUGGCUGGUCAUGGUACCUGGCAAAUGACAUGCAGUUUUUUAUCAUCACGCCCCUCAUCCUGAUUCCAUUGUACAGGAAGCCAUUGGUAGGAUACGUCAUCAUUGGUGUACUCAUGAUGGAACAGUUUCUGUUUCGUGGCCUCAUCUCGGUGUACUAUGGAUUCAAGAUGAAUAUUCCUGACCCACAGCACCAGUUGGAUUGGUUCAAUGAAAUGUACCAAAGACCCUACUCACGAAUCAGCCCCUACCUUAUUGGUAUCUUAACAGGCUAUGUUUUGUGGCGGACAGACAGAAAAGUCAACAUGUCCAAGCUGACUGUUUUGAUUGGCUGGGCACUGUCCUUGACCUGUGUGACCUCAGUUGUUUAUGGAACCCUAGAGGAGAACAAGGGUCACCUCAACUCACUACAAGUAGAUGGUAUAUAUAAUGCCAUGUGUAAAACUGUAUGGAGUCUUGGUUUGGCAUGGAUCAUAUUUGCCUGCAAUACAGGAUAUGGAGGUGUGAUAACUGAAUUCCUUUCGUCUGGUUUGUGGGGACCAUUUGGGAGACUGACCUACUGUGCUUAUUUGAUACACCCUAUAAUGAUGUAUGCCUUCAUCUUGAACCAGCGUUACCCAAUCUACUUCACCGAUAUCAACAUGGUUUACAUGUUUCUGGGCCACUGGAUAAUGUCAUACUGCCUGGCAUUCUUUGCCUCCUUGGCAUUUGAAGCUCCAAUGAUUGGCUUGGAAAAAGUGAUCUUCCAAAGAGACAAACGUCAUUAGAUCUGCUGGACAGAAAUCAGCAUGAUGGAGGAGACGAAUGAAUGAAACUCAAAGAUAAUGGAUAACAAACAUGUUUAUUAUAGCUACCUGUUAUGGAGUGUAAACUGUACCUCACCAUAUUUUACAGGUUAUAAGGGAUCACAAAGGGUUUACACAUCUUUCAAUGCUCUGUUUUUUGUUUUUAUAUUUUCUCCUUGUUUAUCGAUGAAAUAUUUGUCAAUGUAAAAAAAAUUCAGUAUUGUUUUUCAAUAACUAUUUC